AUGGCUUGCUACCAGGCUCUAGCUUGCUUCCAGGCACUGGCUUGCUACCAGGCUCUGGCGAGCUACCAGGCUCUGGCAUGCUACCAGGCUCUGGCGUGUUACCAGACUCUGGCUUGCAACCAGGCUCUGGCUUGCUACCAGGCUCUGGCGUGCUACCAGGCUAUGGCGUGCUACAAGGCUCUGGCGUACUACCAGGCUGUGGUGUGCUACCAGGCUCUGGCUUGCUACCAGGCUCUGGCUUGCUACCAGGCUCUGGCGUGUUACCAGGCUUUGACGUGUUACCAGGCUCUGGCGUGUUACCAGGCUGUGGCGUGCUACCUGGCUGUGGCGUGCUACCAGGCUAUGGCUUGCUACCAGGCUCUGGCGUACUACCAGGCUCUGGCGUACUGCCAGGCUGUGGAGUGCUAA